AGCCUAAGUAAACAUUUAUUUAUCAAAGUACUCGUGAAUCGGUCGAAACCGUUCACCGUGAUUGAUGAAAUAAGAUCUCCCUUAACAGUCUCUUUACAGGGCGCUGGAGACAUUGUCACAAAAUGUUCUCAGUGCAGUGUCUACUCGGUUUCGGUGUCGGGCUUGUCAUAUUACCCGGUCCGAUCGGCGCGGCCCAGGAGGAUUUCCUGUACGGACUGUUUCCGUCUGACUUCGAAUGGGGUGUCAGCGUUACCGACACGUACGAACGUCAGUCAAGACCUGGAUAUACGGAAGCUGAUACUGAAUCUAUAAAGGAAUUAGGGGUGAACUACUUUGCGUUUUCGCUGGACUGGUCAGCUCUGGUCAAGAACGGCUCCAUUCAAGAAGACGCUGUCCGGUUUUAUCGCAACAUGACCAACAAGAUAAAUGGGCGUGGUAUACGGGCAGUUGUCACCGUGUUUGACUCAAGUGCAUUUGAGCAUUUCGAUUGGUCGAUGAAUACAUCAUGUUCUAAUGCCAAGGAGGUUAUAACGAAAACAGCAACACAGGCCGUUACAUGGAUAACGCUCUCCGACCCACGGGGCAUUGCCUUGACCAGAUACGGAGAGGGUACAACUGGAUACUACAAAACGAUUCAUGACAUGCUGUUGCUUCACGCUUGUCUCUACAAACAUAUCAAGGACAACAAUGGUACUGCCGGGCUAGAAAUAAAGGCCCGGAAUUUCAAAGCCAAGAACAUGGCGAAGUCUGAAGAAUCCUUGGCCAUUGAGAGAGCCCGGAUGUUCGACACUGGUUUGGUGGUGGGGCCCAUACUCGGGUCUGGAGAUUACCCGCAGGAAGUAAGACGACGCGUUGCCACGAUACAGAACUUCACAGAUACUGAUAAACUUAAUCUAAAUCAGUCAGCCGAUUUUGUGGCUAUACGCUACAACGGGACAUACGUGGUAGAAUUGGACACGGCUCGUGGUAAUGAUUCCGGGUUCAUGUUGACGCGGGAUAUAUCUACUAUGAGAAACAUGACCAUGUUUGAGCCAGAAGGCUUGAGGCAACUUCUAGUCAGCUUUGCGUCCAAAUAUCCCAGCACUCAGCUUUACGUUAGCGACGGAGGCGUUACCACGGAGACCGAUGACGUCAGAGACCCGUUUAGGGUAGAAUGGCUGCGGGAGCACGCCAACCAAGUAUUGAAAGGCAUCAAAAUAGAUGGCAUCACUACCAUAAAGGGCUACUUUGUCCGAGAUUUAACAUCCCCCAGACUCGGUAUCUAUCAGAACAACAACAACCUGCGUCUGAAAAAGUCGUCUGCUGUUUGGUACAACCAGGUUAUAGCUGAUAACGGGUUCGAGCGCGGCUACUGUGGGCCCGGAGGAUUUCCGAGUGGCCGCAUUCUACACGAAGACGGAAUCUACUAUGAUGAUUUCCCGAAAGACUUCGCCUGGAGCUCGGCAACUUCCGCCUAUCAGGUCGAGGGCGGAUGGAACGAAGACGGUAAGGGCCCAAGUAUCUGGGACACGCACUCACAGAUCCCGGGCCGGGUGUUUAACAGUGACAACGGUAACGUGGCCUGCGACAGCUACCACAAGUACAUGGAGGAUGUGAAGAUCAUAGCAGAUCUCGGCACGAAGUACUAUCGCUUUUCCAUCGCUUGGACCCGGCUCAUGCCAGACGGUACAGACCGCAACAUCAACGAGGCGGGAAUCGCGUAUUACAACCAGCUGAUCAAUGCUCUCCUUGACAAAGGAAUCCAGCCUAUGAUCACACUGUACCACUGGGACCUGCCACAGUACCUCCAGAACACGUACGGGGGAUGGCUCAAUGAAACCGUCACCGAACACUUCAAGAAUUAUGCCAAGCUCUGCUUUGACCGCUUCGGAGACAGAGUGAAGUUCUGGAUCACGUUCAAUGAGCCGUGGAUCGUUGCAUACCUUGGGUACGGGGUGGCGGCCUUCCCGCCCGGGCACUACUCCCCGGGGAUCGACGUCUACGUAGCAGCACACAACAUUAUCAAGGCACACGCUAAGGCUUAUCACGUGUUCCCGAGGAAACAAAAUGGUAAAGUGGGUAUCACAUUGAACGUGGGUUGGUCUGAGCCCUACGACAUGUACAACCCCAGUGACCUGGAAGCCUCGGACCGAGACAUCAACUUCAACCUGGGAUGGUUCGCCCACCCCAUUUACGUGAAUGGCGACUACCCCGAGGUGAUGAAGGCGAACGUGGCAGAGAAGAGCCAACUACAGGGACGACAGAAAUCGAGGCUGCCGGAGUUUACACAACAGGAAAAGGAAUAUAUUAACGGUACAUUUGACUUUCUCGGACUGAAUUUCUACACUUCGAGUGUCAUAACUUCCGACAAGAAGACUGACAGGGAGGGAAGUUACGACGGCGACAAAGAUAUUAAAGGAGCCGGCACCCAGGAUUGGAUUGGAUCUGGUUCAAGUUGGCUUCGGGUGACUCCGUUUGGCCUACGUAAGAUUCUCAACUGGCUGAAGAAGGAAUAUAACAACGUGCCCGUAUACGUAACGGAGAAUGGCGUAUCCGACCGGAACGGAACGCUGAGAGACUAUCAUCGCAUACACUACUAUCGGACGUACAUCAACGAAAUGCUGAAAGCUGUACGGCUCGAUGGCUGUAACGUGAAAGGAUAUACGGCGUGGUCACUGAUGGACAACUUUGAAUGGGGGACCGGGUAUUCGGAGAGGUUCGGGCUCCACUUUGUAAAUUUCAGUGAUCCCACCAGGACGCGUGUUCCCAAAGGAUCAGCCUACUGGUACACACAGCUGGUGGAGGAGAACGGGUUCAAGCCCGGCUACAACGCCCGAGGAGGGCGCGGUACCGCCCCGGACUACGUGGGCAAGUUCCUGUACGGCCAAUUCCCGGCGGACUUCGAGUGGAGCGCAGGAACCUCCGCGUAUCAGAUUGAAGGGGCAGCCAGCGAGGGAAGAAAGGGGGAGAGUGUAUGGGACCGAUUUGCCGCUCAGCUAGGCAACAUCAACGGCGGGGGCAGCCCAAGCAUGGCGGCGGACAGCUACCAACGCUACAAGGAGGAUGUGCAACUCCUUAGGCAUCUCGGGGUAACGUCAUACAGGUUUUCUAUCGCCUGGUCACGGAUAUUUCCUAAAGGUCGAGGUUCUGUCAACCAAGAAGGCGUGAAUUAUUACAAGAGGCUGAUCGCCGAGCUAAGAGUGUGGAACAUCAAACCCAUCGUGACCUUGUACCACCUUGACCUCCCGCAAGCGCUCCAUGAUGAAGGUGGGUGGAUGAAUACUUCAACAAUCGAUGCUUUCAUUCAAUAUGCCAACGAGUGUUUCUGGCAAUUCGGAAACGAGGUGAACAUGUGGAUCACUAUUAACGACCCCGCCCUUGUGAGUAGCCAGGGGUCGCUCUCCGGGUACCUGUCCGGCGGGAGAUCAACAGCCGACACCUUCAUGCGGGCACAUAACCUCCUGAUUGCGCACGCGCGCGUGUACCAAUUAUACACAGAUAACUAUUGGGACGCGCAAAACACAGGUCGCAUAGGCCUGGCGCUGAACGCGGACUGGCACGAGCCUCAGGACGAGUUCCGGCCUUCGGACUGGGAGGCGGCCGAAAGGGCGAUGGAAGCGACGGUCGGUUGGUUCGCAUCCCCGGUGCUUAGGGGCGACUACUCGCAGAGUCUCAAGAACAUGAUCGCCGACAGGAGCAUCGCGAUGGGCGAGGCGAGGUCCAUGCUGCCCGAGUUUAAUCAGGAGGAGAAAGAUUCAUUAAAUGGCUCUGUUGACUUUUUCGCCGCCAACAUCUUCACGGGAAAGGUGUGCACAAAUGACGACUCCCUUACAGGGUUCGCCUGCACUCAGAACGCAAACUGGACAAGCUCGGCCUCAGCCUGGCUGAAAGUGGUUCCGUGGGCCACAAGAAAGUCUCUCAACUGGAUCAAGCGUCAGUACGGGGAUAUCAACAUCUACGUCACAGCGAACGGCGUCUCGGACGCCGGUCAACAUCCGCAUGACCCAACACGUGUGGAGUACAUUCGAGAGAAUAUCAACGAGGUCCUUAAAGCAACUGUCCUAGACGGGGUCAACGUUAAGGGCUACACGGCCUGGUCACUGAUAGACGAGUUCGAGUGGAACAGCGGAUAUACGGAAAAGUUCGGGCUAUAUUCAGUUAACUUCACCGACCCCACCCGUACACGCACACCUAAAGAGUCCGCGGUGGUCUACAGGGAUAUCAUAGCGAACAAUGGCUUUGUACCGGAAUCCUCCAGCACAACCAAGAAUGUAUCUGACUUCCUGUACGGGCGAUUCCCGGACGGAUUUAGCUGGAUCGCAGCCACUUCCGCUUACCAGGUGGAAGGCGCUUCAAACGAAGGGGGCCGAGGACAGACUAUUUGGGACACGUUCUCCCGCACCCCAGGGAAAAUAGCAAACAACGACAACGGGGACAUUUCUGCCGACGCCUUUCACCACGUGUUUGAUGACGUGCGCAUACUUAAGGCACUUAAGGUGACCCAUUAUCGAUUCUCAAUCGCAUGGUCGCGCAUCUACCCACAAGGAACGGGUGCGGCGCCAAAUCGCGAGGGCGUUGCAUACUAUAACGAGCUGAUUGACACGCUUCUUGCGUCAGGGAUCCGCCCCAUGGUGACCCUGUACCACUGGGACCUGCCCCAGGCCAUACAGGACCGCGGCGGCUGGAUGAACAGAUCGACCUCAGAGAGCUUCGUCCAGUACGCCGAUAAGUGCUUCGAGUUAUUCGGAGAUCGAGUGAGAUCGUGGAUCACCCUCAACGAACCGUAUGUGGUGUCCCUUCUAGGACAUGAAACAGGCAAAUUCGCUCCAGGUAUCCGAAGUAACGGUACCAAGACGUAUAUUGUCUCCCACAAUCUGAUCAUCGCUCAUGCCCUGGCAUACCGACUUUAUGAAAGCAAGUACAGGAGCAGCCAACACGGACAAGUUGGCAUUGCUUUAAACUCAGACUGGUGGUAUCCCAAGAACCGAUUAGAUCCGGCUGACUGGAACGCCGCAGAGCGCGCGCUCGAGUUCCAAUUGGGCUGGUUCGCCAAUCCCAUCUUCGUUGACGGGGAUUACCCGGAUGUAAUGAGGGACUAUAUCGACAUGAAAGGGAAAGAUUCGUCAGGAAAUAGCAGGCUUCCACAUUUUACAUCGGAAGAAAAGCAGGCAAUAAAAGGUUCGGCGGACUUCCUGGGUUUGAACCACUACACGUCAUCCCUGGCGGCCCACAAUACGUGCGGGCAUGAUGAGAAAGGGUACAAUUGUGACAUGGAAGUCCAGCAGAGCUUCGACUCGGCCUGGCCCAGUUCCGCUGCCUCUUGGCUGAAGAUCAACCCUGAGGGCAUACGGCGGAUCGCGAGCCACAUCCACCGGAAGUACAACGGAAUUGCUUUAUACGUUACGGAGAAUGGUCUUCCUGACAGCAACGGCACCAUACACGACCAACACCGCAUCGACUACCUCCGCAGCUACGCCAACGAACUGCUCAAAGCAAUCCAAUUGGACGGUUGUAACGUUAAUGGAUACGCCAUAUGGUCGCUGAUGGACAACUUUGAAUGGAGUUCCGGGUACACGGAAAAGUUUGGCCUCCUCCAUGUGAACUUCUCCGACCCGGCUAGAAAACGAACACCAAAAGAAUCGGCCUUUUGGUAUAGAAAGCUGAUCGAGAACAACGGGUUUGUCCGAUUACCUCCCUCCCCCGAGAGCGACGACUUCCUAUACGGCCGGUUUCCGAACGACUUCAUUUGGUCUGCGGCCACAGCGGCGUACCAGGUGGAGGGCGCUUGGAACCAGGGAGGACGUGGUCCAAGUAUCUGGGACAAUUUCACGCACAUACCAGGCAAGAUCGUGAACAGCGACACGGGGGACGUGGCCACGGACAGCUACCACAUGUACCCAGAAGACAUCAACCUGUUACGAUCACUCAAGGUUACCCAUUACCGAUUCUCCAUCUCCUGGUCAAGAAUCAUGCCGAACGGUCACGCCACGUACAUAAACCAUGAGGGUGUGCAGUACUACAAUAGCCUGAUCAACAUGUUGCUCCAGUCGCACAUUGUUCCAAUGAUAACCCUGUUUCACUGGGACCUUCCGCAAGCGAUCCAAGUUGAGAACGGAGGGUGGCCUAACAAAACUACCGCAAUUCUGUUCGAACAGUACGCUGACUUUUGCUUCAGGGAAUUCGGUGAUCGGGUGAAAUUCUGGAUCACUAUCAACGAGCCUUGGGUUGUGGCCUUUUUAGGAUAUGGUAAUGGCCAGAAUGCACCAGGUAUAAGCGAGAGUGGGACGAUGGACUAUUUGGCCGCUCACACAUUGAUUCUAGCACACGCCAAGGCCUACAGAUUGUACGAACGCAAAUAUAAAGCCGCGCAGAAAGGUCAGGUGAGCAUAACACUGAAUUGCGAUUUCGCAGUACCCAAGGAUCCAACCAACAUCCUGGAUCUGGAGGCCGUGGACAGACGUCUGGAGUUCCAUCUUGGAUGGUUUGCCCACCCGAUAUACGUGGACGGAGACUACCCGCCGGUGAUGAAACUCCAGGUUGCACAAAAGAGCAAAGAACAGGGGCUUCACCAGUCGCGACUUCCGGUAUUUACAGACGAAGAAAAGAGGCUAAUCAAGGGCUCCUACGAUUUCUUCGGCCUCAACCAGUACACGUGCGCACGUGUAGCGGACACGACUGCUCCUGCAGACGGCACGUACUACAACGACAUGGACGUCGCCGCUGACAGCGACCCGAGCUGGCAAGGUUCCGGCUCGAGCUGGCUGUUCGUUACUCCGUUCGCUCAUCGCGGCAUGGUGAACUGGAUCAGACGCCAGUACGGUGACGUACCCAUUUACAUCACGGAAAAUGGUGUGUCCGACACCACGGGCACCUUGGAGGACGACCAUCGCGUGAACUUCUAUAGGGGCUACAUUAAUGAACUCAUGAAAGCGAUCAACGUGGAUCACGUGAACGUAAAAGGCUACACGGCCUGGUCGCUGCUUGAUAACUUCGAAUGGUCACGUGGCUACACAGAGAGGUUCGGUAUGCACUACGUUAAUUUCAGUGACCCUAUAGCGCGGCCCCGGACGCCGAAGAAGUCCGCGGUCUUCUAUCGAGAAACGAUUCUUCGGAACGGGUUCCCUCGAGAUCCGGUCCCCAGGCCGAGCAUACCGUUUGAGACGGAGUUCUUGUACGGGACGUUCCCGGAGAGGUUUGCGUGGAGCGUGGCGACCGCUUCAUACCAGGUGGAGGGAGCAUGGGAUGAAGAUGGUAGGGGAGAAAGCAUCUGGGAUAGGUUUUCACACACCAAGAGGAUUGUAAAUGGCGAUACUGGCGAUAUUGCCUGUGAUACAUACCACAAAUAUCUCGAAGAUAUACAACUGUUAAAGAAUUUAAAGGUAACCCAUUACAGGUUUUCAAUAGCCUGGCCUAGGAUAUUUCCUGAUGGGACGAGGCGAUCUAUAAAUGAAAGAGGUAUUGCGUAUUAUAACAACCUCAUAAACGCGCUCUUGGACGCAGACAUUGUUCCCAUGGUGACCAUGUACCACUGGGACCUUCCGCAAGUCCUGGAGGACGUAGGUGGCUGGACAAAUAACUCCAUUGUGGACCUUUUCACUGACUACGCCGAUGUUCUCUAUGAGAAUUUUGGUGACCGCGUGAAGUUCUGGGUGACGCACAACGAGCCGUGGGUGGCGGCUCACCAUGGUUACGAUAGCGGGGAGCACGCCCCGGGCCGCCUGAACCAAGGCUACAUGGCCGGCCACAACCUGCUCAGGUCCCAUGCUAGAACUAGUAGGCUCUACAAAGAGAAAUAUAGCCAAAAGCAGCAAGGUAAACUGGGCAUCGUUCUUAGCCACAUGAACGGCGAGCCCAUGGACAGGGACAGCCUUGCAGACAUCGAGGCCGCCGAGAGGUUCAACCAGUUCAACUUGGGCUGGUUCGCUAACCCAAUCUUCGGCAACGGAGACUACCCGGAUGUGCUAAAAUGGCAAGUCGGUAAUAAGAGUCUGGAGCAGGGUUUUGCGCAAUCCAGGCUUCCUGCAUUCACUGAUGAGGAGAAGAGAAUGAUACUAGGCAGCGCGGAUUUCCUCGGCUACAAUAUGUACACGUCCACAAGAGUGAAGGCCAGUGUCCGGCCCCUGAGCAUGCAGAACCACGCCGGGGACGCCGACCUCAUUGAUAUGCAGGAUCCUAGCUGGGAGGGUUCUGGCUCGUCGUGGCUCAAAGUGACGCCAUGGGGCAUGCGCGCCGGCCUCAACUGGAUACGGUCCCACUACAACAACGUGCCUGUCUACGUCACCGAGAACGGCGUGUCCGACAAUACCGGACAGACGGACGACCCGAUGAGGAUAAACUACUACAAGAUGUACAUCAAUGAAGUACUUAAAGCAAUACGACUCGACGGCUGUGAUGUCCGCGGAUACACGGCCUGGUCAUUCAUGGAUAACUUCGAAUGGAUGAUGGGAUACUCCGAACACUUCGGACUUCACGCGGUCAACUUCUCCGAUCCGAGCCGUCAUCGCACGCCCAAAGCAUCGGCGGCGUAUUAUACGUCUAUUAUCGAGAACAACGGCUUCGUGAAACCAGGGAACGACGAAAGAACCUCGACCACCGCGGGCCCUGAGUCCACUGGUACACCAGAAGUUGUUGUCUUUAAUGGUCCUGAAGCAAAAACUAGCGCUGCUACUUCAACUACUUGGGACAUCUUUGCUCUUCUCUUAGUUUUUAAUGUCUGUAGGAUGAUGCGUGCUUUAUUAUAAAAUGUGUUCUUUGGCUUUACAGGUCCUGAUUUCUUUUGGGAUACUAUAUAGCUUACUUGUAGAUUACAUGAAUGUAUAAUGUAUAUGUAUUUCGAUUGAUGAUUGAGAUACAAUAGUUUUCUUAACGCGCGUACUAUGUUCCUAAUGUGCGCUUAACCUAAUAUGCUGUAAAUUACACCAUGUACAAAUCUAUAUGAUGAAACGCUUGUGGCACAAAACGUGUAAGCAGUUAAUGUCACCCCUAUAACAAAACGUUAGAACUAAAGAAAUGUUUAUAAAGGCUAAUGCGUUUUAUCAUUGUAUGGCUCAUUUUGCUUGUAUUGCAUUUAGUGUAACAUUGUUAUAAAUGAUUGCAAUAUAUUAAACUGUUAUUAAGAGGAAUAUCCUCCA